GUUGGAAGAAAACCAAUGCACGUGACCUUCAGGGGCGUGUUUUGGAGAGUUUUUGGGCGACGAAGGAGAGGGGUUUGAAGUUCAGUGAAGACCCAGUGUUUAAUCGAAUACUCCAUGAAAUAAAGUUUGAUCUCAUAAGUUUGAUUCCUUGUUUACUGUUGGAAUUGGAAUCACUGACGUUGCUCUUGCUGGGGCGUACGUAAAGAUUCUUUUGAAUUGCAAAUGCUAAAGCUUUUUUCACGGUGGCGCCACGACUUCCAUAGCCACAACCGACCACAAAUCCUCCGUCACCUAACAAAAUCCCAUUUUGAAGACGACCCACCUUUUUCCCCAAUCCUAAAACCCCAAAAUCAGAAGAACAAGAAACUCAAAGAAGACGUAUCAAACAAGAAACCGCAAAACAAAUUCCCUAUAAAAUCAAAUCUACCCUUUGAUUUCAGGUACUCGUACUCUGAGACCAACCCUAGCCUCGAACCCAUUGGGUAUCGAGAAACCCCCAAAUUCUCUCCUUUUGGGCCGGGUCGACUUGACCGGAAAUGGACUGGAACAGUGGCUCCAUUGCAGCAGGCAGCCGACAUUGCCAAGGUUGAAGAAGAGAGGAAUGCGGUUCUUGGGAAUCCGUUAUCAGAGGAAGAAGUAUCUGAACUCGUUGAAAGAUAUCGACACAGUGAUUGCUCUCGCCAAAUCAAUUUGGGAAAGGGUGGGGUUACACACAACAUGAUUGAUGACAUCCAAAACCAUUGGAAGAAAGCCGAAGCUGUGAGGAUCAAAUGCUUAGGAGUCCCGACUCUUGAUAUGGACAAUGUCUGCUUCCACCUCGAGGAAAAAUCGGGUGGGAAGAUCAUAUACAGACAGAUUAACAUCUUGCUACUGUAUCGUGGACGAAAUUAUGAUCCCAAAAAUAGACCUGUUGUUCCUUUAAUGCUAUGGAAGCCAUAUCCACCAAUUUAUCCGAAGCUCAUAAAGAAUGUUGCUGAUGGCUUGACAUUUGAAGAAACAAAAGAAUUGAGAAACCGAGGACUUAACUCUCCUCCACUAAUGAAACUAACAAGAAAUGGUGUGUAUGCUAAUGUGGUUGAAAAAGUGAGAGAGGCUUUUGAAGUCGAACAAGUAGUGAAGCUCUGUUGUGCACAUGUGGGUAUGAGUGACUCCAAAAGGAUCGCUGUGAAGCUAAGGGAUCUGGUCCCUUGUGUGCCUAUAUUGUAUAAAGAUGAACAGAUCAUUCUAUGGAGUGGGAAGAAAGCCACAGAAAAUACUUUGAAUGAUUUACUUCAUAUUGUAUCUGAAAAAAAAAACGCACGCUUCCUCCCCUUUCUACCCUUAUACGCUGAUACACGCCUCCAAAACUACGCACCCACCUUCAGAUCGUCUCUCCCGUCUCCUCCCACCUUCGACCAUCUCCAGCACCGAUCACCUCCUCCCGUCGUCUACCUCCCUGAAAUCGACUCCCACCAUGACUUCCGACGCCAAGCUCGACAGCAUUGCCCUUUCUCCUCCCUUCCACCCAUUCUCCUACCUCUCUGA